GACGGGCAGCGCCUGCUGACGGGCAGCGAGGACGGCACGGCCCGACUCUGGAGCACCGCGGACGGCCAGUGCUGCGCCCUCCUGCAAGGGCUUGUCCAGGGUCUCGCGGCUGGUCGGCGGCAGAGAGGCUUCUCGCCCACUGUGUGGCUCCUGCUCUGGGCAGGACAGAGUUGCAGGGAAGCUGUGCUCCCCCGGGGCCACACGGCUGGUCAGCGGCAGACCCUGCAGGUCUCCUGACUCCAAAUCCAGGCUCUUUCCACUGCCAUCGUAGAAACCGCCACCUCGGGACGAGCUCACGGUGCAGAAGCAGUUGGGGACCAGAGGAUCUUCCCAGAUCUUCCCGGACCAUGGCUCGAACCCAUGUUCCCUGCAUUGGCAGGUGGAUUCUUGAGCACUGCGCCACCAGGGAAGCCCUAUUUAUUUAUUUAUUUUGGCUGCGCCAAGUCUUAGUUGCGGCACACAGGAUCUUCAUUGCGGCACGCGGGAUCCUCAGUUGCAGCAUGAGGGCUUCUUAGUUGCGGCAUGCAUGUGGGAUCUAGUUCCCCGACCAGGGAUCGAACCCGGGUCCCCCGCACUGGGAGCGUGGAGUCUUACCCACUGGACCACCAGGGAAGUCCCAUGCCUCAGUUUGUUUAUCUGUGAAUUGGGAGUGAUAACAAGAGGAACCUAACCUCAUAAGGUCAUGGUGGGCAUCAAGCCAGUUAAGAAAGAGUUCCUAGCUCAUUGUAUUCGCUGUCUUAUCCUUCAUGCCCGAAGUGAGUAACAGGAUCCCUUGGCACUGUGCCAUGCCAGCUCCAAAGCUCUUCUUCAUUUGCCUCCCACAACUCUUUAUCACCCCGUUUUGUAGAUGAGGAAACUGAGGCUUGCCAGCCCUCUGCGCUCCUCCCUCUGGGUCCCGAGCCCUUUCCCCCUCACCUGCCUGUUGGCUUGACGGCGCUGGGUGCCUGUGUCGGAUUCAAAGGUGCAAGAGUCUCGGAUCCCGCCCCAGGGAAUCUGCAGAUUGGAUUGAGAGAACGAUUGCUUAACUAAGGGGCUGUGUGCACUUCAGAAGAGCAGGAACUUGGUGGGCUGGGGUAGCCAGGGUUCACCUCUUGGCCCAGGAGGGCCUGGAACUGAGACAAUUUUUAAUUGUUAUAAAAAACACACAGCAUAAUAUUUACCAUCUUAGCCAUUUAUAAUAUACAGUUCAGAGACAUUAAACGUUCAAAACGUUGUGCAGCCAUCACCACCAUCACCUCCAGGAUUUUUUCCUCUUGUAAAACUGAAACCGUCCCCUCUGAACAAUAUCCUCAUUCCUCCCUCCCCCAGCCCCUGGCACCCACUGUUCUACUUUCUGCCUCUAGGAACCUGACUCCUCUGGGUACCUUGCAUAAGUGGAAUCACAUAUUAGUUGUCUUUUUGUGACUGGCUCAUUUCACUCAGCACAAUGUCCCCAAGGUUGUCGCAUGGGCCAGAAUGUCCUUCCUUUUGAAAGCCGAGUGCUCUUCUGCCGUGUGGAUCUUACACAUCUUCUUUAUCCGUCAUCCGUCGGCGGACGCUUGGGCUGCUUCCACUUCUUGACCAUUGUGAGUGACGCUGCUGUGACCAUGGGUGUGCAAAUACCUCUUCCAGGCCCUGCUUUCCAUUCUUUUGGGUAUAUACCCAGACGUGGGAUUGCUGAAUCAUCUCACACAUAUUUUUAAGCGGGCACUUGGGAGCACAGGGAAGGCUCUCAGACAUAAACAAAUCGUUAUUAACUUUGUCCUGGUCAAGGAAAAAUUCCAUCAAAAAACAGUUUGUUUUAAGCACGGAUGUGAAGGAAGCCCACACUGGCAGUUCACUCUAAGGCUCUGCGGAGACCACCGUCUGGGGCAGGUGAGCUCCCCUGUGGGUGCGGAUUAAGGAGAACGGGGAUGGAGGCGGGAGAGCAGUUUGGUCAAGGUUGUGGAGCAGGAGAGGCUGGGCUGAGGACAGACCCUGUGGCGGCAGCAGUGACCAGAGCAUCAGCCCGGGCUGGGAGCUUGGGGGCGGGUGGCCCAAGCCUGAGUCCUCAUGGCUUUGUCAGACCCUGUCCAUUCCAGCCAGGGCUCCCGUGCUCAGACAACGGCAGGAAACAACUGGCACCUCCGAGUGGUAACUCAAGGAGGGUCUAAUCAAGGGACGCUUGCAAAAUGUGGGCAGAGUGUGGGGAACCACUGUACUUAUGGGCACGAAAGCUACGUGACCUUCUGCCAGCUGGAGGACGAAGCCGCCUUCACGUGCAGUGCUGACCGCACCAUCAGGAAGUGGGACGUGCUGACCGGGCAGUGUCUGCAGGUGUUCCGGGGACACACGUCCAUUGUGAACAGGAUCCUGGUCGCCAACAACCAGCUCUUCAGCAGCUCCUACGACCGGACAGCUCGAGCCUGGAGUGUGGACAAGGGGCAGGUGGCCCGGGAGUUCCGGGGCCACCGCAACUGUGUGCUGACUCUAGCCUACUCUGCCCCCCAGGACCUCCCUGGGGCUCCGUGCGCGGAGGAGGCCGUGGCCAGGGGGCUCCUGGUGACGGGCAGCACGGAUGGCACGGCCAAGGUCUGGCAGGUGGCCAGCGGCUGCUGCCACCAGACACUGCGGGGCCACACAGGUGCCGUGCUCUGCCUGGUGCUGGCCACGCCUGGCCACACGGCCUUCACCGGCAGCACGGACGCCACCGUCCGAGCCUGGGACAUCCUGAGUGGGCAGCAGCUGCGGGUGUUCCAGGAGCACCAGGGUUCCGUCAUCUGUCUGGAGCUGGUGAACCGGCACGUGUACUCGGGCAGCGCCGACAGGACGGUCAAGUGCUGGCUGGCAGACACGGGCGAGCGUGUGCGCACGUUCGCGGCCCACAGACACAGCGUGAGCGCCCUCAAGUACCACGCGGGCACCUUGUUCACGGGCAGCGGGGACGCCCGCGCGCGCGCCUUCGACGCCCAGUCUGGAGCGCUGCGGAGGGUGUUCCGCGGCCACGCCUUCAUCAUCAACUGCAUCCAGGUGCACGGCCAGGUGCUCUACACGGCCUCGCACGACGGCGCGCUGCGCCUCUGGGACGUGCGCGGCCUCCCGCGCGCCCCGCCGCCGCGUCCCGCCGCCCCCAAGCGCAGCCUCUCGCGCCUCUUCAGCAACAAAGUGGGCUGCGCCGCCGCCGCGCCCCUGCAGCCGGCCUGAGACGCCCCGACCGGCCGCCCACGGACCCGCGGAGGGAGCGCGGCCCGCCGGCACCGGGGGCUCCGAGGGCAAGGACCGGGGCGGCGGUGGU